CAUGCCAAAACGCAAGAAUGAAGAGGAUAGUGAUUAUUUCGCUCGCAAAAUUGCAAAAUAUGAAAAGCGACUCGCUGAACUCGCCAAACAUCGCGAGGCCGACGGCGAAACAAACUCUCAACAUCAAGAGCUAGACCCCGAAAUCAUGGAUGAUACCAAUGAAGAGGGCGUGGCCCAAGACAUCCGGGGAUCCCAAACGGACCCGGGAGACGUUGCAGAACUUCAUGAGAGCCCAGAUUCGGUUAAUGCUGACUCAGGCGAACUCGACAAUGAAUUUUUGUUGGCCUUGGGAGAGUCGGUCGGGGGUACAAAACAAUAUGGACCGGAGAUCCAUAAUGAGAUAUACAAUACCAUCAAUAAGAUCCUCCUAGAAGGCAUGCCUAAAGAGAUCAAGGAAAAACUUACCCAAACAUUGCUUGUACCAAACAACUGUAAGCUAUUGGACGCCCCGAGACUGAAUACCGAGCUUAUUGGGGUUAUGAAUAAUCCUUCUAAAGCACGUGAUAAGUUAUUAGAAGAUAGACAACAAGAAUUGGGGCUGGCGAUCGGAAGUAUCUGUGCGGUCAUUAACACUAUGUCGAAACAAGAGUUCAACAAAUAUGAGAUCAUCAAAAAACUCUCAGACAUUGCUCGCAUCUUGUGCCAUUUACACUUCCAAUACACUGAAAUAAGGAGGAGGCUGGUUAACCCAUUUUUGGAUAAAAACCUAGUAGAAUCCCUAAAGGACAAUAAGAGAGAGGAGUUUCUGUACUCUAAUCUGGACACAUCAGUUAAGUCUUAUUCUGCUAUGAAGCGUGCUGCUAAUGUAAUAAAGCCCAAACCCGUUCAUACGGCCAAGAACCAACAUACUUCAAAAAACUUCCACCAGCCCCCUCGGCGUCUACAUCCUGCCAACCAAGGCUAUCCGAUGAGGGGAUCAUAUCGAGGAGCUCACCGUUACAAUGCCCCACGUCAGCCCUUCAAGCCUCUGGACAACCGGCCAGCAGGACCGUCAGUGAGAGGACGUGCCAAAUAUCCCUAAAGAUCAACACACCCCCUACACCAGCACCUUACCCUGGGGGCUUGCAUAUUGUCAGGGAGGCAAUGAAAAGAAGAAUGUUACCUAACAGGGCAGUAGAUAUAAUGAUUGCUUCUUUAUCUAAAAACAGUAUUAAGC